AUAAUGAAUAAAAAAAUAUAAAUAUAUGAUAAGUUGAAAUUGUCUUCUGAAUACAACGUCUUUGUUUCCAUUAAUAUCACAAAAAAUUUGAAGAUUUGAAAAUGAAUCAAAGCUGACGUGUGUUUUUGUACUUGUAAAUACUUAAAAUAUUUUUAUUGUGGUCUAAAAAUGUCGUGUCAAGUAAAAGGAAUUGCUCAGCUUACUGAUAUUGAUGCAAUAAGAAGAUGCCUCUUUCCAACCGAUGACUUAAGAGGUGGUGAAUUUUGGCUGCAAAAUUCAUUAAUUGCUAUUUCACCAACUGGAGAACUGAUUAUAUUUGCUCGAGAGAAAAAAUUAGUUAUUUUGAGUGCUAAAUGGGAUUCGUCGUCGAAUAAGAAUAAUUUCCAUGUAUCAUUUAAUGGAAGUUUGGAUAAUAAUGAUUUUAUUACGGCCGUGGCAUGUGUGCCAAUAGCUACAAAUGGGAAGAAUAGUGAAGUUGGCCCAGAUUGGACUUGUGUUAUUAUUGGUUUCUCCUCUGGAAUUGUAAAAUUUUAUACAGAAAAUUGUAAUUUAUUGGCAGCAGAACAAUUUCAUAACGAACGGGUGAUGAGUAUUAAAUGCCAGUCAUUACGAAGAUCAAAAUUUGAUCGUGGUUUAGAUAAUUUCUCUGAAGAAAUUCAUGUAAUAUAUCCGACUAAUAUUUGCUUAAUAAAUGGUGUUACUUUAAUUCAAACUUUAAGGAGUUAUAGAAGCGAAUUGGCCAGAGUACAAGCAAAAGGAGAAAGUUUAGAACCCUUAAGCUCGUUGGUAAAUCCAAAGAAAUGGGAAGUUGUUGAUCAAACAAUUGUAAAUGAUACAGCGGUAGUAGGUUUAGACUCAACAAAUACAUUUGAUCAUCUAUUAACUGCAGCAACAUGUGGAGGAUUUUACAGCAAGUACAGAGCAAUGGCACCGCAUAAUACUUUGGUUUUAGGAGUAGGUGCAAAACCAUAUGUAGCUUUCCAUUAUGCUGUUGAAGGUGGUGCCCAACCUGUUCUUAGUGAUGUAGCUAAAGCAGUUGCCAGUAAGCUUAAAGCGGCUUUACCAGGCUGGUUAACCGGUGGAAAAUCACAAAGCGUAGAAAAAACAUCUCAAGUACCUGCAAUUCCAGCUGAACCUAUCGGAUGUAGAUUUGGUAUACAUGAUGUCAGACGAAUUGCAGAUAAAUUAAUUUUAUCACCCGACAAAACAUUGGCGGUUAUAUCCGAUUCAUUGGGUCGAAUUGUCCUUAUUGAUACUCAUCGUGGUGUAUGUAUACGAAUGUGGAAGGGUUAUCGAGAAGCCGAGUAUUCAUUUGUACAAAUCCAUGAAGAAAGUGCUUUAAAACGUACAAAAAGUGUGCCUAAAACACACUCUAAAGGACGUAAAUACGCAUUGUUUUUAGUAAUAUAUGCACCAAAAAAAGGAAUUAUCGAAGUAUGGGUAAUGCAACAAGGGCCUAAAAUUGUAACAUUCUCAGCAUCGAAAAAUAGUCGACUUUUAUAUACACAUCAUGGUAUUAUGGGACUUUCUGGAUCGAAACAUAAAUGUAAUUCACAAUUCACGACCACGUUUAUUGACCCUGAUGGGCAAAUUAAAGAUUUUGUUAUUCCGUUUCAUUAUGCGUUAAGUAAUAAAAAUUCAAAGCGGGCACGUGAUAUUCAUUUAGUAAAACGAUUAAAACAAUUUUUAAAAUCCGAGGAUGCACAUGAUAUGGAAAAGCUAUCAACAGAACUUUGUAAUACUUGCCAUGAAUUAAAUACUAACGAACUUCGAUUACAAUUUGUUGAAAUGAUUAUGAAUAUUAAACAGCUUCAACCUCCAAUACUUAUGAACAUUAUAAAUAUAUUCUUAGAAAAAGUUCAACCAGAUGACACUGACGGUGAUAAUACUUUAUUUUUAACACUAUGUAAUAAUUUAUUGAGAAUAUCAAAAUUUUAUAUGUACGCUGUUGGAGAAUGGACGGACAUGUUAGAUGAAGAAAAUGGUAAUAUCAAUGAAGGUAAAAAACCAUCAAAACCCAAAUUAUGCGAUACUGUAUUUUCAAUACCUGAGAAAGAAAUGAAUAGUUUACAACGGUUGUUAGAUUUUAAUUGUUUAAAAAAGAAAACGACACAAGUGAAAGUAACGUUUAAAAGUGAAACAAUUCAACAAACAACGUUUUCUGAUUAUCUAAAUGCUUUUGAGUUGACGCAAAAAUCGAAUGUAAUUACAUUAAAAACAAAUGUUAUGGAAGAAAAAUUAUUUAAAAUCGCUGAAAUGUUAUUUCAUACUUUUAUUUUAUCCGAUGUUUUAGAUGUUACUAAUUUUAAACAACAAAUUUUAGAAAGUUCGAUUGAAACUAUCGAUUUAGUGAAAUUAAUUUUAUUCUAUUGGGUACAACGUCCAUUAUCCUUAACAAUGAAAUUAGAACUCGAAAUGCAAAGUUUAAGUAAAUUAAUAUAUUCGGUAUGCCAAACUACACAACUCGAAAAUAUUUGUGUCCAUUACAACGAUAUCUCACCAUUUUGGAAAAAUAUUCGCGAUUCAUUAAUGAUUUCAUCAAAUUCAUUUCAAGCGCUAACAGCUGCGAUUUUAUGCCGUUCAGUUGCACAAAAGUUAGAAUAUGAUAAAGAAUUACUACAGAGUUCACAUUGUUCAACAUCGACAGCAGCUAGUUGUGAAGAUGAUGUUAAUUGGGAAAAAUUAUCACAAGAUAAUUGUCAAUGGUCAAUUUUAAUUGGAAAACUCGAAGACAUAUCAUUAUUAAAUAUUAUAUUGAGUAGUAAACCGUGUAUAAAUAGUUCUUUACUUCCAACAAUAGAAUACGAUUCGGAAGAAAUUAGUUUAAAAUAUAUUACACAAAAGGGUAAAGGUUCAGUAACAGAAUUAGUUGCGAGAUGGCUAAUUAAAUGUGGUGUACAUCCUGAUUUACUUAUUAAAAAAGAAACAGAAAAUGUUGAGGAAGCAACAACAAAUGAAAAUGAAAUAUUUACCGAAGAUGAAUUACAAUUACAGGAGAGUAUAGCAAUUUUAAAAAAACAAUUCCCAUAUAGUUUAGAAAUUAAUGUGCUAUUAACAAAUAUGGCAUGGGAAUAUAUCAUUUUUUGGCAAAAGAAAACAUAUUAUCAUGAUUAUUUAAAAGCGGGAUUAACAUGUAUUGAAUAUAUUCCAAGUCCGAAUAUGAAACAUGGUUUAUGCUCAAUGAUAUGGAAUGCACAUUUAAAAUUAUUAGUUGAAAAUACUUCGAAAUUAAUUAACAAAGUUGGAAAGCUACCGAAAGAACGUUUAUGUCGUCAAGAUACAGGAUUGUCUGAUACACAACUUUGUGAAUUUAUUAAUAUGGUACAAAUUUUCUUAAAUUUAUUCCUUGAAUCAUUACAACAAUCAUAUAAAAAUACUGAACCGAUUCAUAUAAAAUAUGAGAAUUUAUGGGAUACCGAUAGUGUGACACCAUUAACUGAGUUAGUGUGUCAACAAAAUAAAGUCAACUAUGAUUUAGUACAUUUACAUUAUCAACUUAUAACUAUUUUACAAAUGAUCACGAAUUUAGGAGUAAAACAUACGAAACCAGUUAAUAAUUUAUUAGAUUCAACGAGUGUAUCAAUGUUAUUUACGGAUUUAUCAUCCAAAAGUAACGUACCUUUUUAUAAUGCCGAUACCAAAUUAAUUUCAUCAAGAACGCAAUUUUUAAUGAAAGUUAUUACAUCUACAAUUGAAAGUGUUCGAUUAGAAGAGGAUGGUGUUAUUUAUUCGAGUGAACAUAUUAAAUGGAUGUCGAAAUGUUUAACGUUAUGUAGUAGUUGGGGUUUGGAUACAGAUAUUUUGAAAUCACAUCAAGUGGUGCAAUUGUUUCAAAACGGUUUUGAUAGUUUAGCGUUGGAGUUAUUACCUUCUAUUACUGAUACUAGCUCAGUUGGUUCAGCACUGUUAGCAAUUGCUGGACGGCGAUUGUUAAAUUUGAUUGUAAAUUCAUCAAAUCCUAGUGAACAAAUGGCUGCUUUAAGUCCGAAAUUAACGACGUAUUUGGAUACUUUGAAUUUUGCUGAAGAAUGGUGUGCUCCCAGUAAUUUAAAAAGUAUUGAAAUGUUGGCAACACAAACAUUACGGUGUCUGUCUGAAACUGAUCCAGAGCGGCGAUUAACAUCACUUCUUUUAGAAGCAUGCAGUGCGUUAGAUCUAGACGAUAGUUAAUACCGACGGCCAAUUGCUAUAUAAUUGAUUUUUCCACAUCUUGCUGUUAUUCUAAUAUUGUUACAAGUUAUUUUAUUACGAAGUUUUUGUUCUUUGUUAAAAAAAUAUAUUUAUCGUUGAUAAAAAAAUCAUGACAAAUAAACAAACGAACAUAUUCAACAACCAAUCAGUUGUUUGAGGUAUUUAUAUCUGGCAACGAACGUGUGUAUUUAUAUCUGCCCCUGAAACUAAUUCAAAUUUGCCAGUUCAUCUCUGAGAUGGUUUAUGAUACCUGAAAAAAAGAUCGCACCCACAAAUAACCACUCACUAUUUCUUGAUCUAAUGACUUCCUUAUAAUAAAUAUUUUAAUUGAAAGUCGUUGUAAACACUUUCCGUAUUUACGUCAUUGCAAUAUUUUACCAUAUACAUCUUCACUGAAUUGUAAAUUAAAAAAAACUUUUAACCCGAAGUCAAAGGAUCUCUUAACGGUUGUGUUUAUUUGUUUUGAUUUGAUAAUGCAGUUAUAAAAUUAUACAGAAAUAUUAUUAAUGAAUCGAAAAUUAUUUAUAAUAAUAAUUAGGUAGUAGUACUAUCAUGGCGUCAUGUGAUCUACGAAAUAAUUUUAGGAAUAUCCAAAAAAUAUAGCAUAUUUUUUGCUUUAGUCUGGACAAUAACAUUUUGUGAUUAAAGAGGAUGUGAAGGGUACAGGCAAAGAACAAGGAAAGGCCAAAUAAGGUUAUAUACCUAACUAAAUGAACAGGCAAGUUUUUAUCACUGUUGAAUUUAAAAAAAGUAAUUACCGGUUAUUUGCCUAUAUUCUUCUCAUAUUUGAAAAGAAAUAUUUAAAACAUUUUGGAAAGUGACAAAUUGUUCAAUAGAAUUUUUAACAUUACAAUAAUUUUAUUGUGAGUUCAAAAAACAUGCAAAUUGAAAUAAAAACCUAUAAUGUCAAUAAAAUAUUGUCAAUUUAUGAAUAACUUUCAAGUUUGCAUAUUUAUUAUGGACAUCAGGCCAAAAUUUACUCUAUUAUAUUGUAUGUAAAUAUUUAUAUUACUUAAAUGGCGUAAAUAUUUUAGGAAAAUACGAGAUUUAACUUUCCAAUAUUGUACGUCAAAAUAUGAACAGUCAAACCUGGUUAAACGAAAUUUCUACUUAUUUCGACUUAAAAAGCAACGUUUUUCACGUGAAACAGGCGAGUAAAUGGGUUGAAUUUAUAAAAAGUGAAAUUUGAAACGGCAAACGUUUUUUACUUUAGUGCUAAAAAUUUGUACUAAGCUUCACAGCUGAUAAUCUUCAAACGAUUUAUCAGAUUUUCACCAAAUUGUAGCGAAAAUUAUCUCGAUUAAACCAGCUUUAAAAUUUUAGUUAAAAUGUUUUUUAUAAACAAUAAUUGCUGAAUUAGUUAAAAAAACUUUAAUGAAAUGCUCACUAAAGUUUCAAUACCUGAGCUACUGGAGAUAACGCUGAUUUUUCCUUGACUUAGAGAGCUUUAAAAAUUUUAAAAAAAAUUGAUCACUGCAUUAAAUACUGUUUCUCUCGUAGUGGAAAAGGUGCAAAUAGUUGCAGAUUACCAAAUGUGAGUCUUGAUAAUAGAGUUAACCAAGGUUGAUUGCAUUUUUAUUAUUUGUGUUGAAAAUACGUAAGAAAAUUUAUGAAAUAUAGUAAAUUUUCUCUAUUUUCUGGAUUU